GAGACGUUGGUCGUUCACGUUCAUUUUUCCUUCAUAACCACAAACAUGGCUUUACCCAAAGUUUUCUUUGACAUCACCAUUGGUGGAAAGCCAGCUGGCAGGAUUGUAAUGGAGCUCCGGUCCGAUGUGGUCCCGAAGACUGCAGAAAAUUUCCGUGCCUUGUGCACCGGAGAGAAAAGUUUUGGCUACAAGGGCUCCUCGUUUCACAGAAUCAUCAAAGACUUCAUGUGCCAGGGCGGGGACUUUACCAAGCACAAUGGAACUGGAGGCAAAUCCAUCUACGGGGAGAAGUUUGCUGAUGAGAACUUCCAGUUGAAGCACACAGGCGCGGGUAUACUGUCCAUGGCUAACGCUGGGCCCAACACCAAUGGAUCCCAGUUCUUCCUGUGCACAGCUAACACUGCAUGGCUGGAUGGGAAGCAUGUGGUGUUUGGCAGCGUUGUGGAGGGGAUUGAUGUUGUGAGAGCAAUGGAGGCGGUAGGCUCAAAGAGCGGCAAAACGUCAGCAAAGGUUGUUAUUGCCGACUGUGGUCAAUUAUAA